AUGCAUGUUUACCAGAUGCGGUCCUCCAACCAGUCGAUUGUCCAUACCACCCAACAACGCUCGACGACUUGCAUGAAUGCGCUUAAGGACGUUUCUCGAGUUUGGCUUGUGGCCAAGAUGGUGCACACUCUCUUUGACUCGAUUCUCGGCAACAAGGUACUCGAGGAGCGUCUGCAGAAAGCUGCCGGGAAACGACACGCAAAGCCCAAGAACACGCAGCCAGCAAGGAACCCAAUGUCACGCAGCAACAGCGAUCUACAGAAGCGCAAGUUUGACGAAAUGGAGUUCGGCUACACUGGUGGCCCACCAGCUGCUCAGAUGUCUUAUGAGCGCUCGAGACCACAAUCUCCUGUCAAUGCUCCUCGGGAUCCUCCGCCAAUGCCAGGACUUCCCGGCAACAAUGCCAGCCCGUCUCUACGCCAAGACGCCUUUAUGGGCACCUCUCGGACCAACACACGUCCUACCACGCCGUUCAACACCUACUCAUAUCCUGGCACACCACCAGACCUCUUCCUUCACACCCGCACAUCACCGAAUAUUUCUCAAGACCUAUGGCAAAACUAUCAACCAGACCAACUCUUCCCACCAGAUACAUCGGGUAUCUACCCUACCGAGAGCCCCGUACAGCAAGCGACCAUGGUAGAUCCGGCUUUACGAGGAUCCGCAGGCGCACAGCAAGCCUAUGCGAACUCAGCCCAACCACAGCCUCAUUACCAACAGCCAGCAGCGGCUGCAGUGAUGCAGCAACAACAGUAUCCUGGGCAACAGCAACCUGUACAUCUACAGAACCCAUAUGGCCAGAUGACAGACAACGGUGAACAUCAGCAACGCACAAACAUGGAUGACACAUGGAGCAACAACAGUGGGUCUACGNGGGGCGGGCCUAUUGUACCGACCACAUUGAAUGUCGGCGACUGGUUCGAGUUUUUCGGUAUUCCGAACGGAGACAUAUCGGCAUUGCAUGCGCAGCAAUAUUGA